AUGCGCUCAUUUCCAUUCGACUUCACAUAUCUAUGCUCCUUGUCAACUGUGGACACCUAUUGUCCGGGAGGCAGCUCCCAAUUGUUUACAAAGGUGCCAUCUGCGCCAUCUCCCUCCGCAUCAGCGACGUCGCUCUCCGCCCUACGCCUCGUCUACUCUACUACCUUUGUUUCACCCGCACGAUACCUGGUCGUCCAUCUCGUGUGCGUACACACCUCUCCACCACCUGCGUCCUCGAUGUCGACCUCCAGCUCAGGUCCGGGGUGGGCGUUCAGGAGUUUGACGCGGAACAGGCGCAGUACACGGUUCCUAAAUCGCCCCCUGACACCUGCACCGCAACUCCAUCGUCCGCAUCAACUUCAGGACCCAUCUGCGACACCCUGCCCUACCCCCGCUGGACUACGGCUAUGGGUACCGUCAACCCCGGCCCACGCAUCCUCAUCCUCAGCAGUACCAGUGGUUCUCUCAACACCGACACCAACACCGAUUUUUGCCCUUCAAGUUUCAACCCUUCCGAUUAACCGUUCACCUGCUCGGAUUCAGACCCAAGGCGUUCGGUGGAUUCGACAUCCCACUGGGCCAGACAAGCACGGUUACGGGUGGUAUGUAUGA